UAGUCGGCCAUUUCGUGAGCUUGCUAGCCAACGUAGCCGAAACAUUGGAGCUCUUUAGACACUUUCGGUGAUUAUUAGCCACUGUGUUUUAAACACACUUCUGUCGUAUCUACUAGUUACCCCUUUUAAUAGCAUAUGUACGUUGUUUUUGUUAGUCAGCUAGCUGGCUUGUUAAAUUAGCAGUAGCACUAAGCUAACGCUAACUAGCUAGCUAACGUCCUCGACCAUGAGUUCACUGAGCUACCCCCCUCCUGCUAAAGAAGAGGAGGUCUGCUGGACGGAGAAAGAAACUCCCGUGAAAGAGGAGACGGAAGAGGAGGCUGUUACAGUUAAACAAGAAGUAGAGGAUGAAGCUGUUACAUUGAAAUUAGAAGAGAAAGAAGUUACGGUGAAAGAAGAGGAAGGUGUUUUCAGAGUGAAAGAGGAGGAGGAUGUUACUGUGAAAGAAGACUGGGAGGAAGAGGAGGAUGCCGUUUUUGGAGUGAAGGAGGAGGAGGGGGAGAUGACUGAGGAAGACGAUUUUGGAUUGAAGGAGGGGGAGAUUACUGUCACAGAGGAGGAAGACGAUUUUGGAGUGAAGGACGGGGAGAUUACUGUCACGUUAGAGGAGGAGGAGGAGGAAGAGAAGACUGGAGAUCUGAUUAACACCAGAGAGAGACCAGACUCUCACUCUGACAGCGGGAACAGUCCUUCAGGGGAACCAGACCCAGAGACGUCCAAACCAGCGAGACAACACCACACCUCCCAUUGUGGAAAGAGUUUUAAGCGGUUAUGGACGCUGAAAGAGCAUGGGAGAACACACACACGAGAGAAGCUUCAUCACUGUUCCGACUGUGGAAAGAGUUUUACCCGGUUAGGACACCUAAGAGCGCAUGAGAGAACACACACAGGAGAGAAGCCUUAUCACUGUUCCCGCUGUGGAAAGAGUUUUACCCGGUUAUGGAACCUGAGGACGCAUGAGAUUGCACACACAGGAGAUAAGCUUUAUCACUGUUCCCACUGUGGGAAGAGUUUUACCCAGUUAGGGCAUCUAAGAACGCAUGAGAGGACACACACAGGAGAGAAGCCUUAUCACUGUUCCCACUGUGGAAAGAGUUUUACCCAGUUAGGGCAGCUGAGAACUCAUGAGAGGGCACACACAGGAGAGAAGCCUUACCACUGUUCCCAUUGUGAAAAGAGUUUUCCCCGGUGGGGGAGCCUGAAAAAGCAUGAGUGGAUACACACACGUGAAAAGCCCUACCAGUGCUCCUUGUGUGAAAAGAGUUUUACCCAGUUAGGAAACCUGAACCAACAUGAGAGGACACACACAGAAGGGGAUAAGACAUACCACUGCUCCCAGUGUGAAAUGAGUUUUACCCGGUUAAGGUAUCUGAAUAAGCAUGAAAGAAUACAUACACAGGAGGAGAAGACAUACCACUGCUCUCAAUGUGGAAAGACAUUUUCUCAGUCAGAGGACCUGAAAUCACAUGAGAGAAUAGAGGCACUGUGUUCUGACUUAUGUUUUUGAUUGAGAAUGUGUUUUUGUGUAUGCCACACAAAACCAAAUUGUAUGAAAGCUUUCAAAAACAAAAUUGGCCUACUUUUUUAUUUUUUAUCUCGAGACAUUUUGUUUUGAUUAGGAACUUUGAUUGAUUAGAUAGUAUCAACCCUUAGAUAUUCAUUUUAUGAUUUGGAUCUUUCAAAAUGUAAAUUAUUAUAUAGAUUAUUGGAAUUUGCAUUUCUUUGUUUUAACCUUAAUCUCUUGAAUUUAGUUGUGUUUCAUUGCAUACAUGUUUGUACUAUUCAUCAAGUUAAAGGUGCAUGAAAAUGUGAUGACGUUGUUCUGAUAGCCUUGAUAAGAUGUUGACAUGAAAAAUAUUCACUUCCUCAUUAUUCCAUGUCAGAGAAUACACAGCUGCUGAUUUGUCAAAAGGUUUGAUUAAUGCAAAAUAUUUUGUCUGAAAACAAUAAAAUGUGGA